AUGAGGAUUGAAUUUCUUUCACGAGCUACCACAGGUUCCACCAUGAUUGAGUUGCACGUUUGGGGAUACGAAGAAGAGAUAUCAAUACUAUCACCUUCCUGUAUUGCGUCGGCGUGGAUACUCAAUUUGUUAGCGAGCUCUCACAAUAUACAGUUCAAGAUUAUCCCAUCCAACAAUACUCAUUUAUCAAAGUUGAACGAGUUACCACUUCUAAUCGAUGAUGGAAAACAGUACAGCGGCUUCAAAGAGAUAGCAGGGUACUUAAGCAGUCGAUAUCAAAGUGAUUAUUUUGUUAGUCUACUGGGUGAAGAGAAAUUGAUUGACGACGGCUUGGUGACCGUUUUGAAUUCCAAAUUCAACGCAGUGAACAACUACAACCUAUUCUCCAACACCAAAAAUUAUGAAAACUACACGAGAAAGCUAUUCGCUAAAUUAUUCCCUUUCCCCAUGAUGUAUAACCAAGCACUGAAAUUCUACAAUGAAGCACAGAGUCAAGUGCGCUUGUUGGGGUUGGGUGAGAGCAAGUCAUCGUUUUUGAACAUCACUGGCAAUGGUGACGAAACUCAAACUGAGUUUUUUAGUAAUGAUUCGGAUGAUGUUGGUGAUACCCCAAAGGCUAUAAGCAGCCUUCACGAAAAAUCAAUAGUCCAGAAGUCGGAAACAAAGAGAGUGUUGAGAGAGUCCAAAAGCACCAUGAAAUGCCUUCUCUUGGUGGAGCAACUCUUUGAUAGACUAGAGAAAUUAAAGUCAGAGCAGAAACAGGCAAGCAAGUUCAUUUUUGGGGACAAACCGUCUGCCGGUGAUAUUUUGUUCUUGGCCUACUUUCACUGUUUGACUCAUCAGUGUCUACCAGAUAAAUUCAUGAGAAAAUACUUGGCCUCCAAUAGUAGUGAUCGAUUUCAACUGAUUAUGGCUCGCUUGGAUGCAAUCCAGUCAAAGAAAUUGUCCCUGGAUUCAUUCAGACAACCAGUUGGCAAAGAGAUACCAAAUUUAGUCAAUGAAGUGGGCUUCUGGACGGGAUUAGUAAGCUAUUGA